AUGGAUAGUGUGCUGGUUGUGCAAGAAUGUAUUCAUUCCAAAGUUUUGAGUAAGAAGCCAGGGAUUUUGCUAAAAUUGGAUAUGGAGAAAGCCUAUGAUCGUGUUGAAUGGGGUAUUUUACUAGAAAUUUUGAGAGCUAUGAGCUUUAGCGAUAAAUGGAAGAAUUGGAUUAGGGGAUGUUUAUCUUUGGGUGGAAAGUCUAGGUUUUUUUCAGGUUUCAUGAUUCCCGACUCUAAUAUCGUUAUUUCCCAUAUUCAGUAUGCUGAUGAUACUUUGAUUUUUUUCGAUGCGGAGUCUGCUCAGGUGUCUAAUAUUGCUAGAUUUUUAGAGAUUUGUGAUGUUACUUUGGGUCUUAAGGUUAAUUUCCACAAAUCGUCUUUAGUUGGAAUAAAUGUUGAAGCGGAUAUGAUAUCAGAGCUGGCUAUUCUGUUGGGUUGUAAGGUUGGAUCUUUUCCUAUUACGUAUUUGGGUCUUCUUAUUUCUUAUUCGAGGCUCACCAUUACUAUUUGGGAUAUUGUGCUUAAAAGAGUACAACGUAAACUUGCACUAUGGAAACACAAAUACUUGUCUAUAAAAGGAAGGGUUACUUUACUGAGAACUUCCUUAGCUAACCUCCUAGUUUACCAAAUGUCUCUGAUUCAUAUACCUGCCUCAGUUGCUAAGAGAUUGGAGAAAAUGAUGCGUGAUUUGCUUUGGGGCGCUACUAUUGAGAGAAGGAAGUUUCAUUUAUUAAGAUGGGAUAAAGUUUGUUCUCCGAAGAAAGAAGGUGGUUUGGAUAUUAGAAAGAUUUUUUUGCAAGGAGCAAAAAAUCCCUUGGGAGCUUCGUGGCCUAUGGAUUUGGUUGAAACCCUGCCAGUUUCAUUUGUCCAUGUGUAUAGGGAAGCUAAUUUCUUUGGCGGAUUUCUUGGCUAA